AAAACUUAAUUUUCAAAAACUCAGUAAUUGACACUUGUAAAAAAUUAGUGGUAGAAAUAAGGCUUACCUCUUUUCCAGUCCUACACGGUCAACACAAGCGAGCAGGAAGGAUCGCACUACGCAGCGGAGGGAGCAAAGCAGCAGCAACGGGAUUCGAAGAAAUGGCGGCGAUAACUCUGAACAGCGGCUUCAAAAUGCCGGUGGUAGGCCUCGGCGUUUGGCGCAUGGAAGGGAAAGACAUCAAAGACCUGAUCUCCAAUGCGAUCAAGCUCGGCUAUCGUCACUUCGACUGCGCAGCUGACUACAAGAAUGAAGCUGAGGUAGGGGAGGCACUCGAGGAGGCUCUUCAGACGGGCAUUGUUAAGAGGGAAGAUCUUUUUGUCACAACCAAGCUGUGGAACUCGGACCACGGUCAUGUUCUCGAGGCUUGUAAAGACAGUUUGAACAAGCUACGUCUAGAUUAUCUGGAUCUCUACCUUGUUCACUUCCCAAUUGCCACAAAACAUACAGGAGUUGGUACAACCUCAAGUGCAAUUGGGGAGGAUGGAGUUUUGGAAAUCGACACCACUAUAUCAUUGGAGUCUACUUGGCAUGCCAUGGAAGAACUUGUUUCCAAGGGCCUGGUUCGCAGCAUAGGAAUCAGCAACUAUGACAUUUUCCUCACACGGGAUUGCUUAGCUUAUUCAAAGGUGAAGCCUGCUGUGAAUCAAAUCGAGACGCAUCCCUACUUCCAGCGCGAUUCGCUCAUCAAAUUCUGUCAAAAGCACGGAAUCUGUGUUACAGCCCACACACCUCUCAGUGGUGCUGCGGCAAACAAUGAAUUGUUCGGUUCAGUUUCAUGCCUUGAAGAUCCUGUUCUUCAAGGCAUAGCAGAGAAGCAUAAGAGGACGGUGGCUCAGGUUGUGCUGCGCUGGGGAAUCCAGAGAAACACCGUUGUGAUACCAAAGUCGUCAAAGCUUGCAAGGCUUGAAGAGAAUAUCGGUGUUUUUGAGUUUGAGCUCAACGAAGAGGACAUGGAAGCGAUCAAGAGCUUGGACAGAAACUACAGGACCAAUCAACCAGCAAAGUUCUGGGGAAUAGAUCUCUAUGCUUGAAAAUUUCUGCUCACUUUCUACUGGCAUUUGUUUUGUAUGAUGAUGACUUGAUCCUGCAAUCUCCGGUAUGUGAAAUAAUGGACUUGGCGUUAUUGUGACAUUGUUAUGAGGAGUUUAUCAUGAACAAAUUUGUACAAAAAUUCAAUCUCACCCCUUUAAUCCAUGCCCCCACCCCACCCAAGAUCCAAUGUCAAGAUCAUGUUACAAAUCAUGUCUGAGUACCACCACAAAUAUCAAAGUUGACACCGCUAGUAUUUCACAAGUAAUGAAUGUCACACGUGUGAUUGUCUCUGAUGGUGUCAAUUUUGAUUGUGGUGUUAUCCUUGGUAUUAAAGUAGUGUUUUCCAG